GAGGGGAGAGGAAGAGGAGGGGAUGUUGCUGCUGCUGCUGUUGCCUGUGACAAGCAGGAGAGAAGAAGAAAAUACUGCGGCCACUGAUCAUCACUGUAUCUAAUAUGAGUCCGGCAGCUUUUAGCUCCAGCACCCUGCUGCUUACAGCUAUAUUGAUAAGCUGGGCUGAUGGCAAAAAUGAAUCAAUUUACUGGAGGGCUAAAGGGCACAACCGUCAUAUUAUCAGCAGAGUAAAUCUCGCUGACAGGAGCAAUGUGUACACUAUUGUGUCUAAGGUCCACUCUGACCGGAAUGUCUAUCCUUCUUCUGGAGUUCUGUUUGUCCAUGUGUUGGAGAGAGAGUACUACAAGGGGGAAUUCCCUCCUUAUCCAAAGCCUGGUGAGCUAAGUAACGACCCUAUAACAUUUAACACAAACUUAAUGGGUUACCCAGACAGACCAGGAUGGUUGCGUUACAUUCAGAGAACACCUUACAGCGAUGGAGUUCUGUACGGAUCACCAACAUUAGAAAGUGUGGGGAAACCCACUGUUAUAGAGAUAACGGCUUAUAAUAGGCGCACGUUUGAGACGGCAAGGCACAAUCUGGUCAUCAAUAUAAUGUCGGCUGAAGAUUUCCCGCUGCCAUAUCAGGCUGAAUUCUUUAUUAAAAAUAUGAAUGUGGAAGAAAUGCUGGCUAGUGAAGUGCUUGGAGAUUUUCUGGGAGCAGUAAAAAAUGUCUGGCAACCUGAUCGACUUAAUGCCAUCAAUAUUACAUCUGCGCUGGACCGAGGAGGGCGAGUUCCACUUCCUAUCAAUAACAUGAAAGAAGGAGUUUAUGUUAUGGUGGGAGCAGAUUCUCCUUUUUCAUCUUGUCUGAGAGAAGUGGAAAACCCCCAAAACCAGCUGAGGUGCAGCCAGGAGAUGGAACCUGCAAUAAGCUGCGAUAAGAAAUUCCGAGCCCAGUUUCAAAUAGACUGGUGCAAGAUUUCAUUGGUGGAUAAAAUGAAGGUAGUGUACAUUACGCAGGAAGUGAUACGUGGAGAUGGAAUAUUACCCGAUGUAGGAGAGUACAGUCCUCCCUCUGACACUCUGAGAAGCAGAGAUUAUUACUCGGACUUCCUUAUUACACUGGCGGUGCCCUCGGCGGUGGCUUUGGUGCUCUUAGCUAUUUUGGCCUAUAUUAUGUGCUGCCGGAGAGAAGGCAUGGAAAAGAGAAACAUGCAAACACCAGACAUCCAGCUAGUGCACCACAGUGCCAUUCAGAAAUCUACCAAGGAGCUGCGGGACAUGUCCAAGAAGAGGGAAAUUGCUUGGCCUCUGUCCACCCUGCCAGUGUUCCACCCAGUGACUGGGGAGAUGGUGCCUACAAUGCAAACAGACACUUAUGAUAACACCAACAUGCCCCUCAUGCAAACCCAACAGUCACUGCCACAUCAGACACAGAUACCACAGCAGCAAAAUGCAGGAGAAUUCCGUAUGACAACUUUUCAGAGAUUGGAGGUCAAUGGUAUCCCUGAGGAGCGGAAGCUGACGGAAGCAAUGAAUUUAUAAGUUGGAAGAAGGAACCAUAUUAUGGGGGGCAAAUCCUGCAGGAAUCCAGCAGUGCACUUCACUCGGCUCACCGACUUCUCCUUCCUAUUGCAGGAUUUUAUAUCAUUAUUUCAGGAUCUAUCACACUAUGAACUCUUUUUGUAUAAAGAUUUUUAGCAGGGAAAAGUUCACGUACAAAUCAAUAAAUGGCAAAUGGUG